AUGGCUCCUCAGCCAGAGCUCUACCCUGCCUUACAUCGAGUGCGCGACGUGGAGAGCGCCGGCAUCCAAGACCUCCAGCAGAUCAUCCAGACCUUCCCUGUGAUUGACAAUCAUGCUCAUAACAUGCUCACCGAGGACAAUGCAUAUGGCAGCCCAGAACAUCCAUUCGAGUCCAUCACCUCCGAAGCACAAGGCGCCGCGCUGACAGACCAUGUCCACACAAGCCUUGCCCACAUGCGCGGCAUCAAACACCUGGCAGAAUUUUAUCAAUGCCCCGAAACCCUCCAGGAUGUCAAGGCCGCCCGGUAUGAAUGGGUCCGACGGGAUUACCCUGGCCUGAUCAAGAAGUGCUUUGAGGGGACACAUGCAAUCAUGAUGGAUGAUGGCCUUUCGCCCGAGGUUAUUCACCCCUUCAAGUGGCAUCGGCAGUUUGUGCCCACGGUGUCAAGGAUCGUAAGGAUCGAGGCCGUGGCCGCGGAAUUGCUUGAAAAUCUUGCCCACGCAGCAGGCUUUAUGCGGGUUGGUCUCGACGCGGACUGGCACAUCAGCCAGACAGAGAGCUUCUUGGUCCGCUUCAACACUGUGUUCCGGAACCAGGUGCGCACGCUGGCCAAUGACCCGGAUGUGCGGGGCUUCAAGUCGGUGGUCUGCUAUCGGUCAGGCCUUGAUAUCAGCCUCGAAAGCAGGAAGAACUUCCGCCCUCACCAGUCUUUGACCGAGUCGACUCUGUUACAAUCAUUUCACAGCUUUCUGCAGAAGGCGGUUCGUGACCAUAAAUACCGCAUUCAGCAGAAAGAAGUCAACGACUUCCUGGUCGUUGCAGUGUGUGAUGUGCUUGAGAAGUUGGUUGACACCGAUGGUGAAUCGCUGCCGUUCCAGUUUCACACUGGCCUGGGAGAUACCGACAUCAACCUGGUCAAGGCGAACCCGGCAUAUAUGCAGCCCCUGAUUGAAGCUUUCCCUCAAGUCGACUUUGUCAUACUGCACUCUUCAUAUCCUUACACAAGGGAGGCGGGCUACCUCGCGGCUAACUACUCGAACGCGUGGCUCGAUAUUGGCGAAGCAUUUCCCAUGCUCUCCAGAGACGGCGAAGAGGCCAUCUUACGCCAGGCGCUUGAAUUGACCCCAAGUUCGAAGAUCCUGUGGAGCACAGAUGGCCAUUUCUUCCCUGAAACGUAUUGGCUUGCCAACAAGCAUUUUCGGGAAGCCUUGGAGAGACUUCUUACGUCUUAUAUCGCUGCAGGUGACCUCACCGUCGCCCAGGCCAUUGACAUGGCUGUCGAUAUCAUGUUCUGGAACUCAAACUCACUUUACAAGCUCGACGAGGAGCGGAAGUACCCAGAACUUCUUCGAGCGUGCGGCAGGGAGGCCGUUGACAGCAUGCGCACCCUUGUCAACGGCGGUUCGAAAAGUCCUUCUUUCAGGUCUUAUGCGAGCACUACAGUCGCUAUGCCUGGAGCAACGUCAGCCCGAUCCGGGGCGUCCUCGUCUACCGCCAAUAUCCCAAUGGGGAGCCAUUCUCUGCCUCUUCGUAUGGGAAGUGCAAGUGCUCCUUCGGGUCAAAGCUCCACCGCCCUACUCGCUCAGAAUCUCACGACUUUCGACACUUUCCUCCAGGCGAACGCUGGUGUCAAGUAUAUCUGGGUCCAAUACCUUGAUUACACUGGAACUUUGCGAAACCGGAUGCUCACGACGCAGCAAUUUCGAAAACAAUUGUCGACCGGCAAGGCGCUGGCGUGCACAACCGCUCUGACCCGGCUAUUGCAGGAUGACAACCCUGCAACCGGGUGCUCCGCAACAGGGCAAUUCCUGUUGGCUCCGGAUCUCUCGACGCUCACCCUCAACAAAGGAAUCGACUCACCAUCCGCGACUGUGCAGACUUGGUGGAUGGCGGACUCGGAGCAGGUCCCUCUGGUCGAGCACUACGAUCGCUGUCCGCGCUGGCUGCUUCAAUCUCACUGCGAUGCGCUCAAGUCAGAAUUCAACAUCUCGAUGCUGAUGGGGUUCGAACUAGAAAUCAUUUUCAUGCAGCCCGUCAUGAACGAGAACAAAGCGGACUUUGUCGAGUUCGAACCCUUACAUAUGGUCCACUCCUGGUCGAAUAUGACGUGGCAGCAGCUGGACAUGCUUCCGAUCAUUGAGGAAAUUGUCAGUCACCUGGCAGAGAUUGACAUCCACCUACCUCAAUUUCAUUCUGAAGCCGCGCCCGGACAGUGGGAAUUCCCGUUGCCCCCUCUGGAACCGGUCCAGGCCGUGGACGCACUCUACAAGACGAAGGAUGUGAUCCGAAAUGUGGCGAAGAAACAUGGCCUCAAGGCAACCUGCUAUCCUCGUCCUUACUCCUUCACGUGCGGCAGCGCAAAUCAUGCCCAUUUCAGCAUCAACGGCCCUGACCACACGGUCGAGAAGUACGAAGCUCCCUUCCUCGCUGGUGUUCUGGAACAUCUCCCAGCCCUGCUCGCCUUCAUGCUGCCCGUUGAGGAGUCCUACCAGCGCGUCAAUGCCGGAAUCUGGUCCGGAGGUGAAUAUGUAUGCUGGGGCACGCAGAACAAAGAAGUCCCGCUCCGCAAAUGUGGUCCCGGGCAUUUCGAGCUCAAAACCAUCGACGGAAUGGGCAACUCCUAUCUAUCCAUGGCCGCUUUGCUCGCGGCAGGGCUUCACGGCCUAAGACAGGAUCUCAAAUUGGAACACAAAGACUGCAUGGGUGAUCCUACAGGCAUUGGCGAGGGGGAGAGGCAGAAACUCGGCAUCACGACGCAGCUGCCGAACACGCUGGAGAAGAGUCUCAAAGCCCUUGAUAGAGACAAGGUCUUGCGACGAGGACUGGGAUAUGCUGUUGUUGACGACUACCUGGCUGUUGGGGAAAGUCUGAUGGCGAAGCUCAGAGGGUUUGGCGAUGUGAAGAGGCGACUUUGGCUGCUGGCGCGCUACUAA